AUGGCCGCUACAACGAAAACGGCAGAUUUGCCAGCGCUGGCGACCACGAGGGACAUCACUACAACAUCAACCUACAAAGACGUGUUGAAACGACACCAAGAACACCUACAACCUUCCAAAGACACCCCUGUUAAGUUUGGGGAUGUGGCCUGUUCUCCAGACGGAAAGAAUGUCGCAGGGAUUGUGACUGUUUACGAAGAUCUUAAAGGCCGCGGGUCAACCAGACUGGCUAUAAUUAACGUCAAUGACGGAAGCAUAACUACUUUUGGAAACCAGAGUGGCACAGAUUCUAAACCAUGCUGGUCGCCUGAUGGUACAACUAUCGCAUUUCUAUCUCAAGUCGAUGGCUUGAGCCAGUUGCGGGUCCUGGACCUAGCUUCCGAGAACAUCAAGUCCACAGACAAGAUUCCGGGAAAUGUGGAACAGUUGGCUUGGUCGAUUGAUGGCGCAAAGAUUCUCUUAGUCGUGGCCGGUCUGGAAGCUGACCUGGCUGGCGUGGAUAAAGGGCGGGCGUCGCAGGGUUCUGAAAGGGUCUCCUCUGAGUGCAGUUGGAUGCCUACGAUAGAAGCAACGCCCACCGCUGAGGCUUAUCGCACCGCUUGGGUGCACUGCAUAGCAACAGGCGUGUCAGAGCAAGUCACCCCAGCGAUAAUCAACAUCUGGCAAGCUGUCUGGCUAUCUGACACUGCCAUCCUGGCGUUGUGUUCAGACCUUCCGGGAGAAGAGCACUGGUAUCACGCUUCACUCUGCGAGAUUUCUCUGCAAACGGGAGCUGUGAAGCAUGUGUUUGGUUCAGAGCUCCCGAUGGAGUGGCUCACGACUUCGCCUAGCGGUGCGUUUGUGGCGUUUGCGGUGGGGGUCGCUAGUGACAGAGCUAUCUUGACGGGCGAUCUUCACAUCCUCCAUGUUUCGACGGGUAAAGUGUCCAAGAUUGAUACUGGCGGCAUCAAUGUGGGUGCGAUUUCUUGGGUGGGAAAUGAUGACCUUGUUGCUUCUGGUUUGCAUGACGGGCGAGAUGUAGUCUUCGCUUAUGAGCGGUCGACGAACCAGAUUCAAGAGCUUUGGAGUAGUGAGAAGCUAAGUGUCGCUGGAGAGGGCAUCUCUCAGGUUUCUGGGUAUAAAGAUGGGGACGUUCGCGUUGCUUUCGUACAGCAAGGCUGGUUCACACCUCCGACAUUAGUAGUAGCUUCUUCACUUGGCGUCCGAACUAUCAAAGCAUUCGCUUCCACUGAGAUGCAGGAAAGGGUCAGAAAGCUAGGUCAAGCACAGACUGUAAAAUGGAAGGCUCCAGACGGCUUAGAGACCUACGGGUACUACCUACACCCACCAACCCAAGGACCAUUCCCUACCAUUAUGCACAUUCACGGAGGUCCAGUGUUUGGUUGGAGACCCAGGUAUCUAGGCCUGGAUAUGCAGCUGCAGGUAUUGCUAGAUGCAGGAUUCGCAGUAUUUGAGCCUAAUCCAAGAGGCUCAUGGGGUCGUGGGCAGUCCUUUGCCAAGACGGUCUAUGGCGACAUGGGCGGUGUUGAUACUCUAGACUACCUAAGCGGCAUCGAUCAUCUGGUGGACAAAGGCCUAGCAGAUCCAAGUCGACUAGGAGUUUAUGGGGCUAGCUACGGUGGCUUCAUGACAGCCUGGCUGAUCUCCCAGACGGACCGUUUCAAGGCCGCUAUACCCACGAGUCCAGUGACAGACUGGGUCAGCGAGCACUUCACAAGCAACCUUGCACGGUUCUGUCAAGAUUUCCUGGCUGAUGAUGUGCACGACUUUGGUGGAAAGUAUCUAUCUCGUUCUCCGAUUCACCACGUCCGCAAGACUAAGACACCGACGCUGCUAGUAUGUGGAGCAUUGGAUAAGAAUACUCCCCCUGGCCAGGCUGUUGAGUUUCACCACGGUUUGAUCGAGCAGGGUGUUCCAUCGGUUCUUCUGACGUACCCAGAAGAGGGGCAUGGUGUUAGGAACAUCCCAGCUCGUGUUGAUCUCAUUGCGAGAGAGGUGGAGUGGUUCCGGAGAUAUAUGUAG